UCGAUAGUUGCUCACUUUUAUUUCAAAUUAUAUUGUAUUAAUGUAUACACAGAUAAGUCUGCUGUCUACAUUCUAUAUAAAAAUAUAUGUAUGUGUACUUAUGCUUAUAUAUAUGAAAAUACAUAUAGAACAAGGGAUGUCACGACUUGGAAAAUAUUAUUCUUAUUAUACUUGAAAUCAAUGUAACGACAGAUGUUGAACAUUAAAUGUAUGCACGCAAAGAAUACGUUUGGUCGAUGACCAAAAAUCGUUUUUUUAAAUUUUUAAAUUUUACUUUUAAAUUUUACUACAUGAAAAAGUUGUAAAACAAAAUAUUAUGAUUGUUGAGUUGAUUGACGUUAAAAUUAUUUUUUGCAGAUUGUUUUGAAAGUUGGGUAGCAGCGAUUUGAAUUUGGGGAUUGGGUUGGAAAUAAUUUUUAGGUAGCUAGGUCAAAUAAGAAAUAAAGUCAAUAAUUGUACGUGACAUAGCAGCUUACUUCGUUUUAUAAUAUCGUAAAACUUUUUGUUGUAUUAAAGGGUAGACAUAGAUCGACAAACAGUAGACAGUAGAUGGUUGACGUGGUACCAUGAAUCCGAUUCACCAGCGCGGUACCACGAGCAUUUCAAAUUAACCGCUUUUAGUUACGCGCUUCUUGCUUCCUCGAAGAUCUAUUACUUUGUGACACUCAAGAAUGAUUUUAUAUUAUUUUCUUUUUUACUUUUGUUUAUUUUUUAAUAACAAUCAGUAAAUUUAAAUGUAAGUUAUUUUUGAAUUUUUGUUUAGUGACAAAUUUGUUUUAUUUUUAUUUUUUGAAAUUAUAGUUGUGCGGUCUUUGAGGAUGGCGAGGAAAAAUGGUAAAGGAAAACUGUUGACAGAUGCUGACGAAUUUCGUUCAAGAAGUAAUUCGAAAGGGAGUAUUAUUAAUGAUGGCAAAGACAGAGAUGGGAAUGAUAAAUUAAAUAGGAGAUAUGUGAAUAAUUUUAUGAAGCAAUUUCCGGAAUUGUAUCGAAGCGAUGUGUCAAUUAAUCCAAGUUAUAGUGCUCUUAAUAAUUUACCAUAUUACAUCAAAUGUAGAAGACGCGUUCAAAAUACAAAAAAAAAAAUUACAAGACAAAUAAACCGUGAAAUUCAUCAUAUUGCGAUGAUGCAACCUUACGCAUUAGCAAGUGUUAGAAUUGAUCGAGUAUUUAGCGUCGGAUUUCCUCCAGAAGCUUUAAUUGUACCAGAUUUCGCGACCGAUAAAGAAAGAAGACGAAUUAAUAAACUUAUGAGUGAAAAAUGA